UCCAGCCAAUCAUGAGCCUCCGCUUCGACCAAUCAGACUACAGUGUAGUCGCUUCCUGUUUCACCGAAGUCGUCAUAAUCGGUUCCUCGCAUGCUAUUCUGCAGAGAUAAAUUCUCGAGUCACAAUCCCAACGGAUAGAGACCCAAUUGCAGCUUGCGCUGACGAAGAUCAUGGGAGGAAUCAAACAAGAGCAGGGUGAUGCACCACAUCAGCCCAGAGCUUCACAAUCAGCAGAUCAGCCACAAGAUGAGCCUAAGAAAAGAGGCUGGCCAAAGGGAAAGAAAAGAAAGAAGGUGCUACCAAAUGGUCCGAAGGCGCCAGUGACGGGAUAUGUCCGCUUCCUGAAUGAAAAGCGGGAACAUAUGCGGGCCAGAUACCCUGACUUACCUUUUCCAGAAAUCACCAAAAGACUUGGAGCUGAGUGGACACGAUUAGCACCAAAUGACAAACAGCGCUAUUUGGAUGAGGCAGAGCGGGAGAAGAUGCAGUAUGCACAGGAACUGAAGGAAUAUCAGCAAACUGAGGCCUAUCAAAUCACAAGUGCUAAGAUACAAGACAAAAGGAUCAAAAAAGAAGACACUCCAUCUGUCAUCAUCAGUACUGGUGCAGGGUCAUCUUUAAACAAGGCUUCUGACUUUCCAAGCAGAUUUGACAUUCCUAUCUUCACAGAGGAGUUCCUAGAUCAAAACAAAGCUCGAGAAGCUGAGUUGCGACGGCUUCGUAAGGCCAACAUUGAGUUUGAGGAGCAGAAUUCAGUGUUGCAGCGGCAUAUAAAAGACAUGUACAGUGCUAAAGAGCGCCUGGAGGCUGAACUGGGACAGGAUGAGAAGCGCACCCAGGCCCUUCAGCAACACUUACUGACCAUUAAACACACACUGGUCAACAGUCUCUCAACAGUUCCUCUGCCAGGUACAGGUGAAACAGCCUCAGUCGGGAAUCUGGACUCGUACCUGAGUCGUCUCAGUGGAGUGCUGGAGGGAAACCCUCACCAGCACCGUGCUCUACUCGGUCAGCUUUGCGAGGUCUUCUCUCAUCUUGACAGUGAGAAGUUAUGAGGACACUCUUCCAGAGACCCUUUCAUUCCUGUAUCGGAGGGACACAACUGGCUGAGUGGUUCUACUGAGGCUCAAAUCAGUGCUUCUCAACUACACAUGUGACUAUGUCAAGGAUAAGUCAAGAGUACAAGUGCAAACGCAUAACACACCACAUUCGGAGCAUGUUCACAUGACAUUUCUUUAUAAAAAUGCUUAUUCACGCAAAUUUUAUGUGCGUGUGUGGCAGUGUCGAGGGUUUUUACAGUUCAGGAAUUUUAUUCAGUGUGAUGUAAUUUUAACUUUUCAAAUGCCAUAAGUAAGUUUGCAUUGACCCUAAAUGGAUUGUGUAGCUUUGUAUCAGCAGUUACACACAGGCUCUGUGGUCUGUCCAGUGAGGUAAGACUAAAGCAGGUUACAGUAAAUCCCAUUUGUCAUGUAGUGGGUGGGUGGGUGGAUGUACGUAGUGUUAUUUAGACUGCAUUUAAAAAAAAGAUGGAAAGGAUGAAAAUGAGAUGUUGGGGCAUAUAUACUUUACCUUUGAAUUUACAUUGAUAAUGGCAGGUUGUGGGAUUGAUGAGCAUUUUUAACAUGCUGUGAGAAUGUCAUAUAUCUGAAGUAUAUUUCUAUUUUUCUUAAAUGUUCAGUAAACCAUUCUGAAAAUGUUUCCA